AUGAAUGUUCAGGUCGUGAUUCUUGUCGUUGUCUGUGGGAUGUGUUUAACGAACGGUGAUAUUCUUGAAUAUUUUAAAGCUCAUAACUGGACCUCAGUGGAAACCAUGCCGUGGCUAACUAAUGACAGUGGUCUCCGUGAAAGUGAAUAUCUAUUUCAGAAAGCAAAUAUUUCUGAAAGUUUUCUACCUAGACUUUGUGUAUCAAGUUUUGUGAAAGCGUACAAUUUGGAUUACAUGAAUUCUUCUCAUUCUAUAUUAAUACAAGGUUUCGAAAUCAUUUUCGUUGGUCCUCCGGAAACAGAUCCUGGUAUUUAUCUCUUGUUGGGUGCUCACUCACUAAUCGUUGUAUGGUGUACGUGUUUACUGACUGUGCAUUUUUUGCGUCUUCGUCAUAAACCUGGAUUAGUUUCUCGGGAUUAUGAUAACUUAUCGGAAAGUAACAAAACUCUUCAAGUUCUCGAAAGAAAUCUAUCUUCUGAGAUUGAUAGUUAUGAAUCAAGUUCAGACAGCUCCAUCACUUCGUAUGAAGAUGAUGAUGGUGGUGAUGGUGAUAAUAAUGGUGAUCCUCUUCUCGAUACAAACACUUAUAUGUUGAAUUGGGAUGAGCUUACCAAGAGUGUUAUUCGGUCAGGUGCAGCAGGUCUACUAUUUUCUGCAUCGACCUUUUCUUUAUUUGUUAGUCUUCUUAGUGAAAGUUACUUUGCAGAACUAAACUAUCUAAGAAAAGAAGUCAGUAGAACGACUGAGAAACUUUCACGCGUUGAAAAUUUAAGGAAACAGUGUCAGUCAGUAUGCUCGCAUAAUAAUAACAAGAGGUUUAUGGAUUAUGUGAAUUCCGUCAAAGUGGAAAUGUCUGAUCAGAAAUACGAAUUGGAGAGUUUUAUCACAAGAUGGAAUAACAUUUUAGAUGCUAUACGAACUGUCUCUUUAAUGUUUGCUGAAUCGAAUGAUAAUGGAAUUCAUAUAACAACUAACUCUGCUUCAUCUGAAACAAUAUUUUCCUCAUUGAGCGAUGUAACUGAAGACGAACAAACUGCUAUAUUACCAAAAGAUGACAGCAAAGGUGAUAUUCCAUCUGACCAGCUGGUGUCACAAGAAUACUUUGUUGACAAUGAAAUAGAAAAUUGUAUAUCUGUUGAAAUGAAAUCACCAACUGAAAUAGAGACUACUAAUGACGCAGCGGAAAAUCGUAUUCAUUCAUCAGAUGGUGGUGUUGCUAAUAUUUCAAACGAAAUUUCACAUGAUGAGAACACUGAGGAACAACAACCUUGCAGUUACCUACAUGUGACAAAGAUACCGACAUUAUCAUCGCGUUCGUCAAUAUCUUCUGAGACAUCACCUAAUAUGCUGACAUUCGGAAGUUCUCAAAUAAAACGUCAUAGUCUCUCUAACUCUGGCAGUUUAUUACCUUCACCAUCGGUGGUGUAUAUUCAUCCUGCUGAAUGUUUAAAUCGUACUCCGCUAACUGAUCAGGAUAACAGUAUGCAUCAUUUCCGUGUUGUGUCAAGUGACAAACAAAGGACACCAUUUUCAAAUUUAAAUAAUGCAUCUGCUGAUGCUCAACAUUCCAGAUUACCAAAACCUAAAUACGUCAAUAAGUGA